UAGCGACGGUGGUCCGACAACAAGCACGAACUCUCGGCGUGUUUUUAUCAUCUGCACUUUCCAGGAACAGUUCAGAGGGUUGCACAAUUCUUGGCCGCGCCCCCACUCGUCUCCAUCCAGAGUGCGAUCUGUCCAUCGGGUCUAGUGUCUGGUGUCUGGUGUCUGUGACAGUCAAAUCCCGCUAUCACCGUGGAAGGAGUUCCACACGCGCACUGGUGCACAUUAUAAGAUGAUUUGGAACGUUGUGAUCCUGCUGUCGGCUGCCGUCAUCGUAGAGUCUUAUGCUGUCCACGACAUCAAUGAGCGUUUGGCCCAUGGCCGACAGCUGAAGAUCUACAUGGGCAAGAAUACGGAGAAGCUGGAGUUCACUCCGGCUGAUGAACCCGGAAAGACCUUUUUGUACUGGGAAAAGGGCUUCCACAGGCUGAACAAAGGCAGGGUGUCUGGAACGGGCAGUGACCGGCGCUGGUAUAUUGACAAGGUGACGUAUGAGGACCAGGGCACGUACGUCCAGAGAGACUACUGGAACAAAGAGAUAGCCAACGUGAAAGUGGCAGUAAUACCCAGACGUAACUACUUGACGUGUUUAGCCGGAGAGAGUCUCUACAUCUCACUGGAGGGAGUCAACAUGGCCGACGCUUCCCUCUCCUUCUCUGGGCAGAGUGCUAACGUUACACUGGUGCGCGAUGGUGCCAGGGUGUCCCAGGACCUUCCAGAUUACUGGGACCGGGUCCAGACCCACAGCUCGAAUAUUGAGAUCAGGCACGUGAACUUCACUGAUGAGGGACGUUACACCUUGACAGACCGAAGGGAUCGGGUGGUGUCGAUAACCAAGAUGGACCUGAUAGACCACCGUGAGGGAGUACAGGGAAACCCUCUCAUUGCUCUGCUCCUGCUGCUCGGUAUCCCAGCUGGAAUUUGCUGCUGCUGCCGGAAAAAGAUUUUCAAAAAGAAAGCCACCAACGCUGCCACGCUGCAGGCGUCCCCACAAACCAUCCAUCCUCCCUCCGGGGGCCCAGUUGGGCCAGUUGGUCCCGUUGGACCAUGUCCUCCCUACAACUCGCCUGGACAACCAAAUGCUGUGUACUAUAAUGGUACCAACCCUGGCAUGGGUCCUGCAGUACAUCCUCCUCCAGUCACUGGCCCAGGAGAUUGGAAUCCUCCUCCCCCCUCUGGUUUUAAUCCAGCCUACCCACCCCCGAACCCUUCCUACCCUCCUGCUGGCCCAGCUAUGAUGCCCUCUCCCCAGGCUCCACAAUGGAAUGGCCCACCACAGGGCCAGUACCCCCCCGGACCCACAGCACCAAUGGGCUAUGCUCCAGUGAUGUAUAGCGCUCCACCAGCAUCAAGUGAGCCGAUGAAAGAGUCUGCACCGAUGGAGAAUAAGGCUUCCUCACCUGCUGAACCACUGCUGAGUGCUGCACCACAGGGUGACGGUGCAUCUUCUCCUGCGGCCCCUGACCCUUCAAACCCCGCCAACACUCUCACUGACUCCAGUGGUGCUUACCAGUUCCAAAUUGACAAUGGGAAAUCCUCCAGCUUCCUGUAGGAAAGUUGGACCCUUGUGAAGUUUCUUCCGUGUUCACUUUGAUGUUACAGUGCCACCGUGCGCAAUAAAAAACAUAUAUAUAUAUAUAUACAGUAUAAUGAAUAAGUGGUGUAGAGCCAGCUUUGAUUUGAUGAGUGGUUUAGAGGGAUGGGACAAAACAUUAUACAGCAGGAGCUACAACCACUAUACAAACUAUUUGUAUACACAGCCAAAACAUUUUCAGGGCCUUAAAUUUAAUAGGACAAAUGAAUAGAAUGGUCAGUUUUAAUACUAUGAAUACUUGCAGUCUGAAAGCCUUAGAAAGUGGGCAAAGAAUGGCUUUCCUUGUUUGUGACAAUUUGCUGCAGCUGUCUUCAUAAUCUUUCCAGUUAACUUUGCUUUAUUUGUCUGAAUCUGAACAGACAGCAUAUCCUCACACAGUUCAGAUUUCAUCAGACUGCUGCUGUCACCGCAUCUAUAAACAUUGCUUCCUCAGUGUCACUGUAAGCCAUGCAUGCUGCCUCCUCUGGGCUUUACAGAUAGCGUUACAUUCUUCAGAUAAUCUUCAUAUUUGAUGUAUUUUUUUUUUUUUAACCAUUUGGGUUCAAAAACAUUUUAAUCCGUCCUCCAACUUGGACAUGAAUAUGCUCAAAUUGAAGUUGAGUCUCUACACUUAUUUUCUGUCAUGUAACUUUAUUUAUGUUCUACUUAUGUUAUAUGUAUGACACUGACUUGAAUAUGUUUUGGUAACCAGUUGAAAUAACAAAAAUGGUCCCAGUGUCCUAAAAUGUAUGUUUUCCCCACACUAUAUCAUCAUGAUAUAGAUACACACACUGUAUUGGCAAAAGUAUUCACUCACCUGUCUUUACACGCAUAUGAACUUAAGUGACCUCCCAUUCUUAAUCCAUGCGGUUUAAUAUUACAUGGGCCCACCCUUUGCAGCUAUAACAGCUAUAUUAUGGGAUUUGACCAUUCUUCCAGAGGCACAUUGGUGAGGGUGUUGGACUAGAAGGUCCUGCUCACAGUCUUCAUCUAAUUCAUCCCAAUGGUGUUCUCACUGGUUGACGUCAGAACUUUGUGCAGGCCAGUCAAGUUCUUCCACACCAACCUCGAUCAUCCAUAUCAUUAUGGAUCUUGCUUUGUGCACUGGUGAACAGUCGUGUUGGAACAGGAAGGGGUUCAUUCCCAAACUGUUCCCACGAAGUGCAUGGAACAUGGAUCACGGAUCAUGGAAUUAUCCAAAAUUUCUUGGUAUGCUGAAGCAUUCAGAGUUCCUUUCACUGGAACUAAGGGGCCAAGCUUAGCUCCUGAACAACAACCUCACACCUUAAUCCCCCCUCCACCCAAGUUCACACUUGGCACAAUCCAGUCAGACAAGUACCGUUCCUGGAAAUCACCAAACCCAGAUUGGUCCAUCAGAUUGCCAGAUGGAGAAGCCUGAUUGGUCACUCCAUUGAACGUCUCAACUGCUCUAUUGAGUCCAGUGGUGGUGCUUUCCACCACUGCAUCCCGCGCUUUGCAUUGCACUUGGUGAUGUAUGGCUUGGAUGCAGCUGCUGGCCCAUGGAAACUCGUUCCAUGGAGCUCUCUAUACACUGUUCUUGCGCUAAUCUGAAGGCCUCAUGACGUUUGGAGGUCUGUAGCAAUUGGCUCUGCGGAAAGUUGGUGACCUCUGUGCACCUCAGCAUCCACUGACCCCGUUCUGUCAUUUUACAUGACCUGACACUUCAUGACGGAGUUGCUAUCGUUCCCAAUCGCUUCUACUUUGUUAGAAUACCACUGACAGUUCAGUGCACCGCGCUGGAAUUCAGUGAGCUCCUGAGAACGACACAUUCUUUCACAAAUGUAGAAGCACGUAGAUGCAUGACUAGGUGCUUGAUUUUAUCCACCGGUGGCCAUGGAAGUGAUUGGAACACCUGAAUUCAGUUAUUUGGAUAGGUGAGCGAAUACUUUUGGCAAUAUGCUGUAUAUAUAUACAUUUUUAGACUGAUCAGGCAUAACAUUAUGACCACUAACAGGAGAAGGGAAUAACAUCGUCCUGAUCUUGGGACAGUACAAUGUUUUGCUGGAAAACAGAUUUACCUGGCAUUCACGUGGACGUUACUUAGACAUGUACCAUCUAUCUAGACCAGACCAGACACUCCUUGAUGGCAGGAGACAUCCUCAGCAAGCAGCAGCCUGACACAGACACAAAAACGGUUUAGAAACAACUUAAAAAACAUGAAAAACAGCACAAGGUGUUGACCUGGGCUCUAAAUUCACUAGAUCGAGAACUGAUCAGGUAUCUGUGGGAUGAUCCAAAGAGACCCCUGCCCUCAACCCAUAGGACCACAUGCCGAAUAAAGUGUAAAUCUCCACUGUGCUUGUAACAUACACAUGAAUGCCAGGACCAAACAUUUCCCAGCAGAACACUGAAUUGUCACAGGAUGGUCAAUGUUAUUAACUUCUCCUGUCAGUGGUUUUAAUGCUGUGGUCGGUCAGUAGUAGACUUGCUUUAGGUGCAACUCAAAAUACCUGCUUGUAUUGCAAAUUAACUGUAUGUGCCUUGCAUAUCCACGCUGAUUGGAUAUCCUGGAGUAGGACCAAGUUUUGCCGUCCUCAGGAAUCUAAAGCAAGUCGAAUUACCUUAACACCUGAAGAUACAUCUGAAGAGAUUUCACAGACAAAAAUUUCUUUUUUUCUCUUUUUUACAUAAUUGUACACAAUGUGGUAUUGUAACUGGAUAAUCAAACUGGAAUAUACAGAUCUUGGGGUUUUUGAGGUCCCUGGGAUAAGCAGCCCUGAUGUUUUCCUGCUCUGUAAUACAGCACAGGCCCCAUGGAGUCAAGUUGGCACCACAAUUUUGUCAGUACCAGCGGAGGUUUUAAAGAUAAAGGUGUGGCCCAGGAUCAAGCAAAGAUCUAGUUUUGAUGGCUAGCGGCUGGUCUUAAACAAUGUCUACCUCCUUUUUGGAUUCUAUGCCUCUUCCUAAAACAGUGAGUUUGAUGGGGGAAAAAAAAUCUCGUCAAACAUUAAGAUUGUAACAAGAAGAGUAACUUCAACUGCCUUUUACAGUGGCUUCGUGUUUUUCUGCUUUAACGGCAGUAAAACAAAAACAAACCGUUAUGUCACUCAUUCUCCAUAUGGCACUUUGGUGCCUCUGUCCUGUGCAGACAGCAUCAAAUCAGUCGGUCAGUCAGAACCCACACAGAGCAAACAGGUGUCUGUAGUUGGUUUUAUGGGUGAAUUAACUUCUGUGAUAGACUGAAAAGGUGUUUAAACCCAAGUGCUUUAUUGAUCAUUGAUGAUACAUUUGUAUGCAUGAAGUGAUCAAAAUGCAUAUAAAUGUACAAACAGACUGACUGGACCCUGCUUUGUCUGCCCCGAUGUCUAUGAUGGAGAUCCCCUCAAACCGCUGACCUACUGGCCUUGUACUGUAAAUAACAUCACUAAUGCCUUUCUCUUUUAAGUUUGUCGUUGGGGCAGCUGCAUUUUCUUGUUUAAAAUUGCAACGGACUAACUCUGGACUACUCUCUUGUCAACAGUCUGUCAAACAAGCUUUGGUGUAAACUUAAAUUUUCAUGAACCUGACUAUAAACACCCUCAUUUUCUGAACAUGAUGUCAUUUCAUCGGUUAAAGUAAAGGUGAACGUGGUCUCUUUUCUACUUUCUCAUUGUGUUUUUAGGUCAAUUUUAAUACGAUCCACAUAUCAAGACCUGUUUUUGACAUUGUGUCCUAGACUUGUUCCUUACAAGUAGCGGUGUUCAGUGUCUUAACUGUGGAGUGGAACUUGUAGUGUAAAUAAUGUAACCAGUUGUAUUCACUGUAGUCGUAGUUGAUGGGUUACACCAAUGGACUCUCACGUUGGGUCUCCUACCUCUCAUUUAUCACCACUCAUAUUGUGUCUGUAUGUUCAACUGUGUUCCAAACUAAAACUAAAUAAAGUGAAUUUUCCUGUCAUUUUAUGAA